AUAUAUCGCAAAUCGCAAUUAAAUAUUAUUUACAUAUGUACUGAAUGAAUGAGUUUAAUUUAAAUUGUAAAAACUGUACAAAUUAGAGCUUGCUGUCUAAGUUCGUGAAAAUGAAAAUCUAAAGUGGAUUAAACUAUGUAAAGUUCAUAAACUUUCUGCUUGUAGCAUAUUUAUCGUGUGCCAGCUGCUUUUGCUGUGUGUUUAGUGACGCUGUGCAACGAAAUGUAAAAAUGGUUACUUCUAAUAAACAAACGGAAAAGAAAGUUGUAAAAAUGACUGCACAAAGCAACAACGCUGUUGUCCCUCAUAGAACUCUCUUGGGUGAAGUAAAUGAACAUAUUACAUGUCCAUUAUGUCGUGGUUAUUAUAUCGAUGCUACCACCAUCGUCGAAUGUUUACACUCUUUUUGUCGUAGUUGUAUUAUAAAGCAUCUUCAGGUUAAAAAAUAUUGCCCAGUAUGUGAAAUGAUGAUAAAUUCUGCAAAACCUAAUAUUAAACUAGAUAAGGCACUUCAAGACAUAGUUUACAAAUUGGUACCAGGCCUUUUCCAAAAAGAAAUGGAACGUCGCCAGCAAUUUUAUUCUUCUCGGCCUGGUCCAGCAGCAUCAGCAACUCCAGAACAACGAGGAGAAGACACAGAGCGAAUUAUAUUUAGUCCAGAAGAUGUUAUUUCAUUUUCCUUAGAAUAUUCUGAUGUAACUGAUACUGACAGCAUCUCUAGUAAAUCAUCUGAUAGUAAUGAAUCACAAUCAACAUCAACAACUGCAAGAAGGUAUUUGCAAUGUCCUGCUGUUGUUAAUAUUAGUCAUCUAAAGAAAUUUCUCAGCAUGAAAUUUGAUAUUGAUAGCACACAAUUUGCUAUUGAUAUAUUGUACAAAAGAGUACCUUUGCCCGACUAUUAUACAUUAAUGGACAUUGCUUAUAUCUAUAAUUGGAAGAGAAAUGAACCUAUGCGAUUUUUUUACCAAAUUAUUGAUUAUGUUGCAAUUCGAAACAGAUUAUUUGAUUUAAAUAGGAAGGGGUCUCAAUUGCAGGACAAGAAAGCAUCCCCUCCUGUUACAGAAGAUACUCAUUCUAACAGCCCUAUAACUAACACAAAUGACCUUGCAUCAGAAGCCUCUUCAGGUGCUGCUAGCCCUAUGUUAGAUGAGAACAAUGCUAAAAAAUCAAAUGACCCUUUAAAAAAGAGUAAUAAUAUAUCUGGCAGUCAUAAAUCAAAUCAAGAACCAAGCUCCACCCAGAGAAGUAAUUCACCUAUAAAGAAAAAUGAUGAUGAAGAUGAAAAAUCACAGUUCCUUAAUUCUUUUGAAUUGACGGCUAAGAACAGUUCAUCCUCAGCCAAAACAUCUCCCACCAAAAAUGCAUCAGAUAAUGCUCCAACGGAAAAUAAAGUUCCAACCCCAAACACAUCAAAAAAUGAAGAUACAUUAAAACGAAAGUUCCAUGUGGGAAAUAAUCUACCAGAAAUGAAAAAAGUAAAAAUUGAGCUUGAAAAAGCAAAAUUACCAGUAUCUCAAAUUGUGUCAUCAUCUAAUACUAAUUCUAAAACAGCCAGUAUCAAUGAGAAAAAUAUAAAAAAUGUAGAGCAAAACAAAACAGUUGACAAUACCCCAAAAGGCACACAGUCAGGAAGCAAUAUAACUAGUACAACAUUGGCAUCAAAAGAUUCCAAACAGUCUAGUACUUUGCCAAAACAAACAGAUAAUGCAGGACAGAAAAGAACCAUAGCUGAAUCCCAAAACAAUCUUACACCUAAACGUAAACCAGAAAUUAUGUCCACAUCUUCUCCUUCACUACAGAAAACUGUUUCUCCUCUUAAAAUUCAGUUAUCUAAAACAGAUUCCCCGUCAUUAAUAAAUAAUAAAUCAAAUGAAACACCAAAAGGAGUUACCAAGAAAAUGCCCGAUUUAAAACCAAGCACAACAGGAACAGCAGCUUCAAGCAAAACUCAUCUUUCUGGGAAAUUAAGAAUGGAUCUUUUGGCAAACAAUAGUGAUCCCACUAUUGACCGAAGUAAAAUUUUAUCUCAAGUUAAAACAUCAGUAACUGCAAGUGGGCAAAAUACAGGAGAUAAUCUAAAAUCAUUAUUUGAUUCCUGUAAAAUUAAUAUACCUUCUUCAUUAUCAAUAACCCUAACUGAUCAAAAGAGCCCUUCUGAUCCACCUAUUUCUGAACAAAAGAAAAAUAUAAUCAAUAAGAACCUCAUAAAUCCCACCAAUAGUACUAAUCAUAAAGCACCAAGCCCUCCUGUACACAAUUAUAUUGAAAUCAAGAAACUUCCCGAAACUGAUACAAAAAAGGCGACAAAACCAGAGAGUGCAACAGAUACAAAAUCAAAUAUACAAAAAUCUGACAGUAGUGAGGUGAAACCUAAAUCAAAUAAUAAAAGUAGUGAGACAUCUGCUAAAGGACCAAUACCAAACUUAAAACCCAUUGCUGAUACUAAAUUGGCUAAACAAAGUGGAAACACAGCUGCACCAAUUACAUUCCAACAGACAUUUGAACAACAAUUACAAUCUCUUACAACAGAAACAAAAGUGAAAGUGCCCAAAAAUAAAGCACAGGUACCAAAACUUGUACCAGCUACACCAAAAGCAUUUAGUGCGGCAAAUAAAUUGAACAAUGCUAAUUCAAAACUUCCAACUGGUGCUUCUUCAGGUGAAAACAAAGCGACAACUGCUCUUGAUUUAUCAACUCCUCACACUAUACAAAGCCAAUUAGGCCCUCAACAAACAAAAGCUUUUGAAACUAUGCAGUCUAUUGCCAAUUUAGCAAAAAAACAAAACUUACCUCCUAAAUCAAUUCCCUUGACUUUAUCACAAGAUGUGUUUCCAAGUGUAUCUAGAAGACCUAUUACAACUCCAUCACCAUUAAGAAUUCCCACUGGUAAUAACAAUGCUCAUGUAAAAUUAGAGAAGCCUCCUACAAAUAUAUCUCAGUUAAGUGCUAGACAAGAAAUGCCAAAGCAAAUAAUGGCUCACAAAUCAACAAAUCAAAUUCAUCCCACAGUUUCGAAUGUCCCCUCACCUAAUUAUCAGGGAGCUCAGCCAUCAAAUACUUCUGCACAACCAUCACCACGGUCUCAAACUCGUUCACCAAGCUCAUCUCCAAAAUUGGUAAUAGCAGAAGAAAAGCAAACAAGUACUGCAUCUGCAGACCAGAAUCAGUCUAGCACGCCUCUGAAUCCCCAGCUGUCAAAUAUAUUUGCUCCUCGAUGUGAGUCUCCUAAAGACACACACACCCAUACUAAACCAGGCCUAAAACCAAUGAAACCCUUAAUACCUACUAGUAAAUUACCUUCUAUUCGCCAACCCAUAACUCCUACAUUAAAUGCCAAUACUGCAAUGAGCUCUCAAGCUGAUUAUUUAUCACAUGCCAUAUUUAGGCAUCAAAUGGAAAUGCAAAGUGCUUGGUUAAAGGCACAAAGACAAUAUGACAUAUUAAAAAACAUGCCCAAUAUGGCCAUUCAGAGUCAAAACGAUUUUACUAAUAAAGAUAAACAAUAAGGCUUAAAACCGCUAGUUUUUCACAAGGCUAGGCGAAAAUUCAGUUGUUUUUGUAAGUUAAAUGAGAUGUUUAAAACAAAACAACAUUAUUUUAAUUAUGAAGAAAUUUGUAAUUUUAUUAUUUUAAUUUAAGGAUUUUUUUAUUGUAUUAAAAAAGCUGUAAAAUAUUAGAUCCUAAUUUUUUAUUAGUUUAAGUAUAUGUAUCAAAAUAAUGAUUUGAAACUUUUCUGUAAAAUAAUGUAUUAAUUAAAAUUAUUUAAAAAAAACUUUCUUUGGGUAUAUAUUAUGGCUCAUUCUUGUAGUAAUUGCUUAUUAUGUUUAUUUUUAUAUUUAAAUGUACUUUCAUAUAUUUAUUAGUUAAUGUAGUAUGGGUAACUUUGGUUGUUUCUAAUUUGGAAUGAACCGUUUUUUCUAUUAGAUUUAUUAUUUUUUAUUUGAUUAUUGAUGUUUUGUAUAAUUUUUUUUUUAUGUUCGUUGAUAUUGAAAAUCAAUAUAAGUAGAAAGUACUUAUAAAUUUAGUAAAUCGGGUCAUUUCGGGUCUACAUGGAAAAUACCUACUAAGAAAAUGUAAAACUUUGUGAUUUUCUAUAUCAUAUUAGGAUAAUCAUAAUCAAAGUUACCCAAUUUCAAAAUGAUACAUUUAAACUAUACAUAAGUUAUUUAAGUGGUUUUAUAGUUGGCUUUAUUACUAGAAAUUAUAUUAUGUAUACAUUCAAGAGAAAAACGAAUAAUAUAAUAUGGUUCACAUCCAACAUGAGUGUAGGUAGGCAGCUACCAAUGAAAAACUUUAUAAAUUUUGUAUUUUAAUAAAAUAAUAGGAUUAGUUUACAAUGUACAAAUGGAAUUAAAUCAUCUGAAAAUUGUGUGUAUGAAAUAAAUAGGUAUAAGAAAUCAA